AUGGUUUGUAAAGCGGUUGCUUUUGGAUUCAUUGUACCUCCCGCUGCAGCUGAAGGAAAACAGCACCAAAAGGGUUCGUCGGCAACAAAAUACAACAAACUUCUGUCAGUGCUUUUACCAAAAAAGUUGAAACAACAUAUUGCAGUCAAUACUACAAAACAGGCUACAGUUUACAAAAACAAUAUCAGUAAUAAUGUUACCGUAGAAGAAGAUGAAGAUGGUGUAGUUACAAGUGGUAUUCUUAAUAGCAAUUCUUCAAAGCGAAGACAAAAAUGGAAAAGAAAUCAUCGCGCUUAUUUGUGCACUUUUGGAAAUUGGUUCGAUGCUGUUUCGAUAUUCUCAUACUGGGCUGAUGUUAUCUUAAGUGUCUACGAAUACCCUAACUUAUCCUUAUUUAAAGCGUUGGGUGCUAUGCGUCCUAUUCGUCUUUUGUCGAUGCUGCGAGGUACAGCUGUCAUUUUAAGGUCAUUAGAAACUAGCUGGCAGCUCAUUUUGGCUGUAGCAGGAUUGAUCCUUUUCUUUCUUGUCAUAUUUGCCUUGCUGGGAUUGAUCUCUUUUCAGGGUGUAUUUGCUAGACGAUGCUAUUUCACAGCAGAAGACAGCUCAUUGCAAUUGGUGGAACCUCCUCUAUAUUGUGCAGGUUAUUACAACAAUACAUUAAUUACUGGGCCAUACAAUAUCCGUACAGGUGACAAUGAAGCCCCAGGGACUUAUGGAUAUAUAUGUCGGGAUGGCCAAGUCUGUAUUCAGGAUCCUGCCAAUAACCCAGAGUAUGGCUUCGUCAAUUUCGAUAAUUUCUUCAACUCUUUUCUGAGUGUCUACACCACAAUGUCUUUGGAGCUGUGGACGGAUUUAAUGUAUCAGACGCAAGAAGGUGAAUCAAGUAUUUCAGCCCUUUAUUACUGUUUGGUAGUGUAUAUUGUAGCGUUUGUUUUGUCAUUUUUACUAUUUGCUGUGGUCACAUCUGCAUUUGCUCGUGUUCGUGCCGAAAGCGCUAUGAGCGCAUUCACCGCCAGAAAGAAAGGCUAUUCUUUAUUGAGAAUGGCCGACGGGCUUGAUGACGAAGAGGCAAUGUGGAUGUUCGAUAAUUCGCCUGAUGAAUUUGGAAAAGGAGUUACACGUUUAAGGUUACGCUGGUGGAUUGUCCGUCUUGUUAAGAAUAGAGCCUUUUUCUAUUUUGGUGGUUUGUUGGUCUUAUUGGACCUAAUCAUUAUGUGCUUUAGAUCAUCUUAUGCCAGCACAUACACAAUGGAACUGGUUGAUAAUGCCGAAACAGCUUUCACGUUUAUUUUUGCGCUUGAAAUUGUUCUUCGCAUGGUGGGGGCAACAAGUUGGUUAGCGUUCUGGUCAUCGAGGAGAAAUUUGUUUGAUUUAUCUAUUGUGAUCGUUACAUGCAUUAUUCAACUACCAAUAAUCAAAGAUUCCUAUGCUUAUAAAUACCUGACUAUAUUUCAGAUCUUACGAGUCUAUCGUUUGUUUAUCUGCAUCCCACGUGUACGCAGACUGCUGUCUGCAGCUUUAGGUUCUGGUGAAAGUGUUUUGUAUGUCAUGGUAUUUCUAAUUUUGGCGACAGCUUUUUGUGCCACCGUCUUUAUGCAAAUGUUCGGCGGUGAUUAUUUUGAUAUUCUUGCAUUGGAUGAUCCACAGCCCCGCUUUGAUACCUUCUGGGAAGCCUUUGUAUCUCUCAUCGUCGUUUACACAAGUGAGAAAUGGACAGACCUACUAUAUGAUGCAAUGUUUAGCCAGACAGGUCAGGGCUCUAUUUAUGCUGCAGUUGCCAUUUCUUUGUAUUUUGCUUUUGGGCGUUAUAUAAUGUCUGGUCUAUAUAUUGCAGUUGUUCUAGAAAAUUUCGAACUGAACGAUGAUUAUAUCCGCCAUUAUCAAAUCAAAGACUUCAUCCAUCGGCAUCGAUAUAAAGAUAAAAAUCGAGCAGAGACCAUUUUGCUGCGACUCUUUCGUCCUCUGUAUCAUUAUAAUGAAAAGAAGAACAUCCAAGUACGACAGUUACCUAAUAAUCUGACAGUACCGCUUUCCAAGGCUAAUCUGGAAGAGAUCCUGGUCGAUUCGCCUAAAAUGAAUGUUGAUAACGAAGUUAGCAAACCCUCAUGGUUUGAAAAAAAGCUGGCCCCUUUAUAUGCUACUCUGAUAAAAAAGAUACCUUUUAUGAAAGAGAAAGGCAGUGUAAAAACAGCACCUAUAAAUCCUUUUAGUCAUGAUAUUGAUGAAACUCCCGAAGAUUAUGACAUCGUCACAGCAGAAGAAAACCGAGCUGCCAUCGAUCAAAGUAAACCGGUUGUUAACUCGUUGUUCUUCUUUUCAGAACACAAUCAGUUUCGCUACUACUGUAAAAAACUUGUGGGUUCAUCUCGACAUGGGCAAGCCGAAAAGCGUAACUUCUUCAACUGGUUUGUGAUGAUAUGUGUGUUUGUCAGUAUUUUGAUGGUUAUCUUAGAUGAGCCAUCUACACGUUUGCUUAGACAAGACACCUCAAAGCAAGAUGUGUAUGACAUGAUUGAACUCAUCUUAAGUGUUAUUUUCGUGAUUGAAGUCAGUAUUCGUAUUAUUGCUGAUGGUCUUUUGCUUACUCCCAAUGCUUAUCUGCGUAACCAUUGGAAUCAAUUGGAUCUCUGUGUGAUUUUGCUUAACAUUGGCACUAUUUUUAUGAGCACUGAGGAGGUACCGCGUGGUAUUGGUACCUUUCGAAGCCUUCGUAUCUUGCGUCUUAUUCGUUAUUUUAACGGCGUCCGCGAGAUUUUUGUUUCGCUUUUUUAUGCUUUCCCACUCAUGUUUGAUGCAUUGGUAUUUACGGCUCUGGUGCUUCUACCAUUCGCAAUUUAUGGCGUAAAUUUGUUUGGUGGUCUUAUGUGGACAUGCAACGAUGAAUCAGUGUCUAACCGAAGUGAAUGCAUAGGUGAAUUUACUGUAGACAUUGGUGCUUUAAAUGAUCUUACUAUUCUGGUGCCUAGAGCAUGGCAAAAUCCUCAAAAUGGGUUCAUUUCUUUUGACGACUUUCCUCAUGCAUUGCAACAUUUAUUUUCUUUAACAUCCACAGAAGGCUGGGUUGAUUCAAUGUUUAGUGCCAUGAGUACACCUAUGGAUCCGGAUAUUCAACCUGUGUUCGAUUGGAGAUCGAGAACAAUCUAUCAUGGUAUCUUCUACAUCAUUUUCAUGAUAAUUUCUCAGGGUACAAUUCAACUAUUUGUUGGUGUUAUUAUUGAAAAGUUUAAGGAGAGGAAUGGUAUCACUACCCUUACCACGGCUCAAAGACAGUAUAGCGACCUUCAGCGUCUUUUAGCAAGCAUAAGGCCCACCAUCAAAGUUUUCCGUCCGAAAUCGAAAAUUAGACAAAUAUGUUACGAUCUGGUGAAAGAAAAGAAUGGUAAAUUUAAUCGUUUGAUGAUGGUCCUGUAUUGUCUGGUUAUGGUAGCAUUUCGUCUGGGAGAAGGAGUUGAUGCUUUACAAACGUUAUACAAUACAAUCGCUAAAUCAGCUCCCUCUAUUAUACAAGUCUCUGCAGUAUUUAUGGUUUCCAUGUGUCUAUUUGCCAUGCUCUUUAUGGAGUUUUUUGGCCUGACAAAAUAUGGAAUAUAUGGUAACGCUCAUGCCAAUUUCAGAAAUUACGGAAAUGCCUUAUUAAUGCUUAUAAGAGCAACGACUGGUGAAGCUUGGAAUGCUAUUAUUGUCGAUUAUAGUGUUCAGUUUCCUAACUGCAACAAAUCUGACGAUUUUUUUGAGACGGACUGCGGAUCACCAUUUUGGUCCUACUUUUUGUUCGAUAUGUUCUACAUCGUUUGUACUCACAUUUUUUUGAACUUAUUCACAGCUGUUAUCAUCAGUAAUUUCGAAUACACGUACGAAACCAGAACACGGUUUACGAAAAUCACCAAAUCUGAUUUGCGCAUGUUUAAAGAAGCUUGGGCGGACAUAGAUCCCAAUGGAACAGGAUAUAUUCAGAAAAAUGAUGUUGUAGCACUUCUGCGAAAGUUAACAGGGCCCUUCAGGAUACAAAUAUACGAUGAUAGGCAUUCGAUAAGCAAUAUUUUGAAAGUAGGAAAGGCGGACACUACUAAUUUUAGAACCAGCAUGAACGAUUUUCAAUCGCCUGAUAGCUACUAUGAACUUGCUGAAUUUUCAGCAGCUCGAGAAUUUAAUUUGCCGGAAAUAAAUAAGCUACUGCAGAAAAUGGACAGAGAUGAAGUGCGAAGAAGGCGAGUAGAGUUUAAUCUAUACUACAAAGAAAUUUUGAGAUCAGAAACUGCUAAGGGCAUUCCCUUUGCCAGCGUGCUUACCAUACUAUCUUACCGUUUUAUAGAUAUAUCUGCAUCACUAAAAUUGGAUCCACUAAUCGCUCGAUUGGAACAAAUUGAACAAUUGACACAGGAAUACCAUAUCGAAAAAGCUGCAGGAUUCUUCCUCACUCAAGUGCAAAAAAGAAGGUUCGUCCGUGAAUUAUGGAAAAAGCGAGACGAAGAUGAGGUGCAGAAGUUGGGUAUUACCAACCCCAGCCAAUUUGAAUUUGAUAAACAGCAGUAUGACAUGACCAAUGCCAACUCUGAUAUUGUAAACAAUAUAACAACGAUAACUCCACUCACUAUGGUUCCUCGUAUUGUUAUUGAUAAUGCUCAUGUUAAUCCAGACACAUCCAGCGACACUCCUAUGCUAUCAACAGCUGGCACAUUAACUAUCCCACCAUUGUCGCCUUUAUCCGCUAUCUCAAUGGAUAGUCAAUAUAAUGCUUAUUCACCGGGAGGAACAUCACUUAUUGUAGCAUCUGGAACUCCAAACACUUCCCCAUCACCGAUUGAUAGUAGCAGCCAGAACGCCUCUGCUAGCACACUAUCACCUGAAUCGUUAAUACCAUUCACUAGUCCUACGUCGAAAAACAAUUGGUUGUUAAUAGAUGGCAAUGCCGAUAUGCCCUCUGAAUUAUCCGAUAGUUUGUUAAAUAUAAUUGAUCAAAGCGUUUGGUCAGGUAAGUAUAAUUGA